CUUUGUUACAUACGACACGUGAAAGAGAUUGAAAAUCGAAGAGAAGGGAUUUCAUUCCAAAAUUCCAAUUAGAACUGGUGUCCCCAAAUGCAGGUUUCGAAUUUGAUAUUAACCUACCAUUGCUACCACCACCAGCAUCGCAUCUCCUCUUCUCUCUUCCUCCUCAGAUCCAUGGUCACCGCCACCAGCAGCAGUAGCAGUAGCAGCGUCGCUGCUACCUCUACCGGCGGUGGUGCUUUCACGACGAUUGCAGAGAGAGUCAGUUUGGAACGUGAUAUUAAGAAAAGUAAAUUCAUCGCUAUUGCCGGCCACAUCCCCGACGAGCGCUCAGCCCAGUCUUUCCUUUCCGAGGUUCAAGAUCCACGUGCAACUCAUAAUUGCUGGGCUUAUAAGGUUGGAAAUCAGUAUAGAAGUAACGAUGAUGGUGAACCAUCUGGUACAGCUGGCAAACCAAUUCAUUCUGCAAUUGAAAAUUCUGGAUUAGAUCGAAUAAUGGUUGUUGUCAUUAGGCACUUUGGAGGGAUCAAAUUAGGAACUGGAGGUUUAGUUAGGGCCUAUGGUGGAGUAGCAACAGAAUGCUUGAAAAAUGCUCCUACACGACUUAUAAAAUCUCAAGUUCGUAUGGGUGUUGAGGUUAGUUUUGACCUUUUGGGGGUUGUUUACCAUCAGCUUCAGGCAUUUAAAGCUGAAGAAAUUAAGCAAGAUUAUGAUACUGGAAAAGAUGGAAUAACAAUGGUGACAUUUAAAAUUAGUUUUGAUCAGGCUGAAGCAUUAGAGGAAGCAUUAAAAACCAAUUGCAGUAGAAACCUUGUAUUUUACAAGCAUUGAUGAAUGGUCUCUGUGGUUUGUAAAGGACGAUUUUACCUUCACAUGCCUUGCACAUGUUGUGAAUUAACUUAACGUAUGAAAAUGA